UCACCUGAGCCACAAUUAUCUGAGCCUUGAUAAUGAAACAUUUCCAAAAAUGUAUGCCCUCGAGAAAUUAUAUUUGGAGAAUAAUUUCAUAAGAGUCGUUUCAAAAAAUAUUUUUCGCAAUUUGACCAAGCUUCGGCAGAUAAGCCUUGCUAAUAAUCGUAUCGAGAGUGUUGAUCCAGGAUCAUUUGAAGUUUUGAAUGAAUUGACUGAAUUGAAUUUAUAUAAUAACUGCCUCACAGUGCUGGAUUCAUCUACAUUCAUGAAUCAGAAAAAUUUGACAAAACUAUAUUUAGGACGCAAUUCCUUGGAGAAUUUGCCUCGAACUAUUUUCAAGAAUUUGACUCAGUUGCAGCAUCUAAAUCUUGGAGAUAUUGACAUCCUUAAAAUAGAUGCCUCAAUGUUCGAUUCGUUGAAAGAAUUGAAACGUAUAGAACUGAAAAACCUUAUUUGCCGUUAUAAUAAGGUGUUAUCUUGCAGAGCUUCUGAUGGUAUUUCUUCUGCCAAUAACAUUUUAAAUAAGGGCAUUUUUCGAUUCUGGAAUUGGGUAAUCAGUUCAGCAAUAUGCAUUUCAAAUUUUUUAGUAAUUUUCAGUCGGCUGUUUUAUAGAGACGAAAAUAAAAUUUUGAACCUAGUCAUCCGAAAUUUAGCAGCUAGUGACUUCUUAAUGGGCGUUUAUUUGAUCAUCAUUGGGAUUUAUGAUGUGAAAUUUAGAGGAGUAUAUGGUGAGAUGUCUGAGCAAUGGCUAUCUUCAUGGACAUGCACCUUCACAGGAAUCACAGCAAUGAUUUCUUCAGAAGUUACUGUUUUCAUCCUGCUGUUCAUAUCUAUCGAUAGAUAUUUGGUUAUUGUAACUUCAUAUGGAAAAUACAAAUCACUGAAUGAAAAAGACACUGUUAUUGUUUUGACAAUUAUUUGGUGUUUGGGUAUUGCCAUCUCAGUUAUUCCAGUGAUACGUUAUGCAGAUGACACAAAAUUCUAUGGAAUAAAUGGACUAUGUUUUCCGCUGCACAUUGCUUAUCCAUAUUAUAGCGGAUGGCAAUAUACCGCAUUUAUAAUAUUUGGAAUAAACGCGACAAGCCUCAUCAUCAUUGCUUUUGUUUAUAUUGGAAUGUUCAUAAGCAUAAGAAAAACGAGAGAGGCAACUCCAUUACCAAAAAAGGUGUAUGAAUUUGUACUACGUUUCUUUUUCAUAGUCUUCAUUUAUGGUCUGUGCUGGCUCCCUAUAAUAGUAUUUAAAACAGCUGCUUAUGCAGGAGCAGAUAUUUCAGAUGAACUGUAUGGGUGGCUAGUUGUUUUCAUUUUGCCAAUAAAUUCUGCAUCUAAUCCGAUUCUUUAUACAUUCACCACACGGAAAUACAGAGCCAAAAUGAAAAUAUCUUGUAUCUUCGAGGGAGUAAUGGAUAGAACACAUCAUGAAGAUCCUUCAUUGACAGAUCCGUCAGAUGUGGAAAGUGACUGUGGUGUUUCAAAAAGCAAAUCAACCACAGAGAAAAGAUUCUGAAUAAAAUAAAACGAGAUUUCAUGUGUUGAAGGCAGUAAUAUUGACUAGGCACAAUCUAACAAUAAAAAUGUAAAUUACAUGGCACCUUAGAAUU